CUCUCAGCUCGACCGCCUGCGAUAACACAGAGUCACCUGAGAGGAGCUGGCUGGGCCUGCUGUAGGGGCAGCCAUUUUGAGAACAGUUUCUGCAUCACAUCAUUUUGAGAACAGUUUCUGCAUCACAGUUUCUGCAUCACAGUUGUGCUACUCAGUGUGGAACUUGUCCAUAGCAACAACAAGUUCCUCUACGACAAGAAAAUGAACUUAAACUUUCUUCAUCUUUCUUCUAUCCUCAAUGAUUAAAUAAGCCCACUUACUGUAUAUCAGCCCAUAGCAUGAAAAACUGGAGUAAGAUAUUCAAGAGCGGAGACCCUGAGAGUGUGGAUGGGAACUCCUCUUCGAAGAGGAUCUCCUCGAACAAUGGCCMAGCAGAGCUAACACCUCAGAGAACCUUUGAGGAUAACCUUUCACAUGAUGCAAACUCCACUGCCCACUCAUCCAUCACUCCUCCACAUGUACAAGGAGUGGGUGAUGGUGGGGACGAGGGGRCUCUAAAGGGCAGGUUGAGAACCMUCCUCCCCCAAUCAUGGGGCAGUAUUCUCCACAAAUUGGGGAAAGGUGAUGCAGACUCUGAUCUGAGCUCCAAUGGGGUCAAGAUUGUGCCCAAUGGCACCAGGGUGAGUCCACCUGUCAGCCCAAUAAUAGAGAGGAGGUACUGGGACACUCAGGACUCACUGGGGACCUCCAGCAAGAGUUCCCGUAGGCCCUUGUUGAGGGACAGUCCCAUAGACAAUGACCAACUACAUUAUCUUCCAGAGGAAUCAGAGUUGACCAGUAUCCAUCCAGCUGAGUACUAUGCGGAGAAGGUGGAAGUCUACAAACUUAAGUACUCCUAUAUGAAAUCCUGGCCUGGGUUAUUGAGACUCCUGGCUGGGUUUGAACUUCUCUUUGGGGGUAUGGUCCUUGCCUGUGUCUGUGCCUACAUCUAUAAGGACAGUGAGUGGUCGAACGCCUAUGGACUGUAUAACAAUAGUCAUGGCACGUCGGGGUACUCCUAUAAUGGACCCAUGACUCCAUUCGUGAUGGCGGUGGUUGGGGUGACGUGGAUUGUAACCAUUCUCCUACUGGUGAUAGGGCUGACCAUGUACUACCGUACUAUUCUUCUGGACUCCCCCUGGUGGCCGCUCACAGAAGGCAUCAUCAACGUCGCCCUGUUCCUCCUCUACAUGGCGGCUGGUAUCGUGWACCUGAAUGACCUCAAACGUGGGGGGUUGUGUUACAUGACCAUUGGCAUUAACCCCAUAAUGUCCAGCCUGUGUCGGGUUGACGGAGGACAGAUGGCUGGCACRGCUUUCAUCUUCAUCAACAUGCUGAUGUACCUCAUCAGCUUCCUGGUGUGUCUGAAAAUGUGGAGGCAUGAGGCCACCCGCAGGGAGAUGGAGUUCUUUGAGAAUCAGGAGCAUCUGAGGUCCAUCUCUGUUGCCCAGACCAAACCUCCUAAUCGCMAGACCAAGAGGAUUGUGUUUGAGGAUGAGAUGGACAGCUCAGUAAGGGCGACCAAACGCCUGCACAUCACAGAUUUCCAUCAGGAGGAGCCAGGCAGCCGGAACAGAGCCAACCACACAGGGUAUGCCCAGAAGCCCAGAGUCAUCGCAGACUAUAUAAUUAAAUAUCCAGAAAUCUUCUCUAUGGAAGAAAGGGAAAAAUACAAAGCUGUUUUUAACGACCAGUAUCAGGAGUACAAGGACCUUCACAAAGACAUCAGUACCACCUUCAKGAAGUUCAGAGAGCUGGAUGCCAUGAUGGGCAAACUCCUCAAAGAUGGCAAUAGUCAUGAGGAGCAGAAGAGAAUCCAGCGGAUUUUGAAGAAGUAUGAGCAAAACAAAAGUGACCCUGCCUUCCUGGAGAAGAAGGGACGCUGUGACUAUCUGAAAGCUAAAUUAGGCCACAUCAAGAACAGGAUCCGCAAUUUCGACCAGGACAGCUUGGCAAAGGGUCGGACCUGAAGAAAUAGCAUACAGAGGGAACAAAAGGACCAUCAUUAUCCUGUCACGCCUUUGAUUGUUUCGUUAUUGAAGCACCAUUGUUUUUUUUGGUGUGUUGUUUAUUUAGAUUUCAGUAAAUGUCUGUACAAAUCAGUAACUGUGUGUUGUUCCAUUAUAGCCUACAGCAUGUUUUGUGCUACUGUAAAGAUUACUUGCCCAGAAAUAUUGUGAGUGAGUUUCAGUCAUGGAGUGAAUGAACUCGUAAACCAACCCAGAGCGCAAUUGUGUACCUUUGGACUUUUGUGGACAAUGCUAACAGGGUCAAUUCACAUUUCAUUGACUAGCAUUGCAUUUGCAGGGCUUUACAUAUACACUACAUAACGUGGAGUUUUUUYGUAUUUUCUUUAUAUGAAUUGUUAAAUAUGAAACGUUAAAAGGGCAGUAGGGAACCAACAAUCCACUUGAAUCUAUAACACAGUAAUGACAUAUGCAAUACUUCCAUUUUUUUWAAGAAUCCAUAAGAAUAAAAAAAACAUUUGUUUUUGUAA